UCGAUAAAUCCGCGGUCACACUGCAUACGCCCGGCCCGGCUUCCAAAAAAAUGCAAAAUCCGUCAAACAAGUGAAUUUCCGUGAUAAAAAUAUCUAAAAAUGGAAGUAAUUUUGCCCCUAAAACUGCUUAAUGGUCAGAAGUUUCUUGACUGUGCCUCAAAGCUCGCUUACGAUGAGUUUUCAGCUAAAAUGUUCGUGUUCUGCACUGAAAGCAGCGAUGUGGACGUGUUUGAGCUGAUGGGGAACCAACGAUUGAUGCAAUUGGUCUACGGCUGGGAGGUUUGUCAGCUACCCAAUCCUGAUGGCCUGAGGGAGGAUUCGUUGCGUCAUGUCGUUAAAGUGCUGGCGCACCACUCGCUGCAGUUGUGGUUCAGCCAAGAAUGGAGUAGCUGUUCGGAGGGACUAAAACGCAUGUUACUUUACUACCUGGGCAAGGCAACGUCAUCCUUUGCCCAGAUCGAGGGGCUCUCCAAAAUCGAUUGGCCAUAUAUCCUGAGGCUUCAGGGAAAACCUUGGCGCGUGCCCUAUCUGCAGCAGCUGUUUGCCAACCUGAGACAGAACAAGCAUCACAACAUUGAGCAUUCCGUGCUGGCUGCCACACAUGAAGAUAUCACGUUCCUGCAGCAGGAGAAUCUGAACAUCAUACUGCUGCGGCUUAUACAACUGUUCAAUGCGGGAAACUUUGAGGCAGUGAAGCAACUCUCCCUCAAGGUCCUGGCAGCUUGGCUCAAGUCCAAUGCCAAUUCAAGCUUUGAAUCUUUGGAGCAUGAGCAGACGGCCAUAACAUUGGUGGGACACUUAUAUCUAUUGACUAUUUUCGUAAUGGACGAAAAUAGGGGUUAUGUGAUCGACAACAUGAUGUACAAUAUACGUUUUUAUGCUUUGAGCAUGCAAGAAGCUCCAAUUGCAGAGAACAUCAACUUUACUCCUGCUCGUCUCAUCGCACAGGUGUGUGUACGCCUGCGGUUAAGCAAAAGCGGCUUCUUCGAGCAGAUUGUGUUCAAGAAGUUUAAGCUGAAUCUGGUCACCUCGUUCGCCGUCAUGCUGGAGGCCUACACAAGCUAUGUACUGGGAAACCAGUUGCUGGAGCUGAUGGCCCUAAACGAACACGAUUUCCUCACCCACUUGCCACACUUUAAGGUCCUUAUGUAUCGCUAUGUGGAGGAGAGGGAGAAUAGCGAGACCUUUCUUCUGAACGAGCUGCAAAAGCUGGAGUCUCAGCGGAAUAGCCAUGCCAAGCCGUACACCGUGAACUUGAAUCUUAACUAUCAGCAACAGAUCUGCAAGGGCAAUCGUGCCAGCAACAUUGGCAACUACAAGAACUGCGAUGAUGAUGAGAAGCCCUUGGCAGAUGUCGACGAGGAGUUGGAUCGGCAAAUAGACCCCGUCUUUCAAAAUGUACCCAACAACGAGGAGGUCUUGCACUUUGUCUACAAAUUGUUGGCACAGCGUGAAUUCCGAGGCUGGCAGUUUGCCAAGAUUGCUCUGUUGUUGAAGAUCAUUGGCCAGCAGCUGAAUGCCAUAGAAAUUUGGCGCUAUCAUCCCGGCCUGACAACGGACUUUAUGCUUAACUUAGAGCACAAGCUAUCAAAUAACUACGCGGAUCUGGCCAAGGUGUUCAGUGAUCAUGGCUUCAUGGAGGCGGAGUUCUGGCUGACAGCUUUCUAUCUCCAUCCGACAACAAAUAACUAUAAUGAAGUCAAGCGCUGUUCUCGCAUCAAAAAGAAGCGCUUCAUUGAUGAUGAGUGGGCCGGAGCCGGAGCGGUAGCCGGGCCUGGGGGCGGCGGCAGUGUACAAACUCCUUUCAGCAUCAAAUACGAGUUGCUUAGCUCCACAAUUGAUGUCGAUGAAAUCGUUGCCAUAACCAAUCACAGUGCCCCUGUGGGAGACUACGAGCCCAUCUACAAGGCUUUGCAGGCAUUGCGCCUGCCGCGUAGCUUUAUAAAGGACCUUCUGACGGUGAUCUUUCAGCCGCGCAACAAGCGCUAUUCGUGGGCCCUUGAGUGGUCCACCUUGCAAGAGCGUUGCAACGCGCUGCUGAAGAGCAAGGAUCUGAAGAAUAAGUUCGUAGCUCUCAAUAUGGCCGAGGCUAACGAUCGAUUGGAGUAUCUUAAAAUUGACUAUGCCAAGUACAAGGACCGCCCGCAACUGGACUAUGGCACCAUUGAGGAGGGUUACGAGAAUGCGGCAAACCUGGCUGGAGCAGAAGCUGAAGUGAGCGCCGAUGAGAAAGAAGAGGAGCCGUGUCCUAAGCAGCCCAAGAAGCGGAAACCUCCGCGCAAAUUUUGGGAUGAAGUGAUCUCCGAAGAUGAGGAGGAAGAGGCAGCCUCAGACGAGUCGGAGGCCUAUUACACAGGCUCGGGUCGAAGAACACGCAUUCGAGCUGCUGCUAUCGUUGCCAAUGCCAUGCUCUCUGACAUGGAUCGGAGCAUGCGAAGUGGUCGCCGAUCGCCCCCCACCAUCUGCUCUGCUGUCCAUUCCGAACCAGAAGAAGAGACUGAGCGCGAGCCUGAGCCUGAACCUAUAUCUAUGGCCGAGUCCGAGCCGCCAAAGUCCCCAUCCCCAGAAGUGGCGCCGAAUCCGGAGAAGCGGUCAUUCGGCGAUCUGCUGGAUACCCGGACAAAGUUCAGCAAUGAAACAAGCGGCUUCAAGGCCUUUGCCGACAUCUGGAACUUUAAAAAAGAAGAGCUUCAGGAUGUAACCAGCGAUACCAGUAGCCUGAGAGAAUGCAGCUCAGUUCUAAACAAAUUUAGGAGCUUGCAAAUUCUAAGAGGGACCGCGCCAGCGACCUGUAAAGACGGGAUUGCGGUGCCACGAGGGACGCGCGGGCCAUCGGAAACUGACAGCGUGGAUUCGGAAACUUCAACAAUGGCCAUGCACGACUCCACCGAGGAGCCCUGCGAAAAUUUGUUUGGUGUAAGUAAAGAGUUAACGCCUCCGCCGGCCACAUCGUCUGAUUUUAAUAUGGAGACAGGCGUGUUGCAGCCCGAUGAAAAAGAGAAGGAGGUGAGCCAGGAGACGGGAACUGGAGUGCAGGAGGGAGACGGAGCGACGACGACGGCGGCAGAUCUCUUACCAGAAACGACUACUCAGGUAUAUAAAAACAAGCGCUUCAAAACUUCACCAAGCUCCAACACAAGCAGCCACGGAGAAGAAUCAACAUAUCCACCAAAUGACGAUGACGACCUAACCAAACGCCUUAUCCAAGAGUGUCUAACACGCACGGCCGAGGUCCGCUUAAAUCUUCUUACUCUCCAGGACUUGAAGCAGAUGCGUGAAUGCCGAGUUCGGAUCAAGCGCACCGACUUUGUAUCCUACUUCCAAGAGAGACAGAAACCGCAGAGGAAACGAAGAAAGCCAGGACCAGGCAGUCAAAUCCACAGCUAUUCCAUCACCACAGACAGCAAUGCGUCUACGCCAACAUUUGAAAUACAGAAAACCGGGAAAAAACGAGUUAAAAAAUUUGUGCAUAUUACUUCCGACUCGCCGAGACCGUCCUCGUCCGUGAUGAUUCCCAAAAAGAUCUUCAGACACAUAACCUCUGAUUCCUCAACGGAUCUCGAAGAGGUUCAUCCGCCAGCCCCCCUCAAUCGCAAACAAAGCGGCCGUAGGGUCCGAGGUAAAAUGAGGGUCAAGGAGCUCCAAGUGCGAAUCUGCCGGCAAGUACCUUCAGACAGAGUCUCCUGUUUGCCAGAUGUGAUUGAGUUGUCCUCGGACUCACACUCCUCGUCCUUGUCAUUGCCGCGGACCAGCCAAGCAAGAAUCCACUUCUCUCACGUCCUGGAACUGGAUCCGCUGUACGAAGAGGAAAUCGUUCCAUUCUGACGGUGCUGAAUGGACGAGUAGCACUUUCCCUGCACUGGCCUAAGGCGCCGCUCUACGUGUUCGGAACGAAUGCCAGCGAGGGGUUGCACAUCGGGAACACCCUGAAAAAUUAAAUUCGUUUCGCUUGUUAGAAUUUCAUUGGCCUGGGGCACAUUUCGUAUGGGCUCUGCCCCGCAUUGAGCCUGGAUUUGACAAAAUUAUGUAUGUGUUCAUCUGUUUGUCCAAAUCGCAGGCAUUGUGUUUCGGCAUCUAUUUGCACUGUGACGAAGACGCCUGCAGGCUCGUAAAAAACCUCUCCUUUUCGACCAAAGCAGCCGAAACAGCAACAUGCACCAUUCUCUCAAUAAAUAGCGUAAUUGAUAUGCAUUGUGGUUUUCUAAAAAAGCGAAUUAGCCACACGCGUCGGAGGAGCACUUGAGCUGGUCAGGCAUAUCAACAACACUAGGGGAAAAGGAGUCUGGGACACGUGGCGGCUCGUGUUAAAUUGGGUGGCAAUAUAUUCUCAGUUAGGGAUAUUUGCUGGAACUACAUGCAACUCGGAAAGUUUGUCUUAUUCAAAUAAGCCGGGGUAGGUGUCUAAACCUAUUGAAAGUAGCUAUUAACUAGUGGAUCGAAAAAUCAUUAUUAGGCUUAAUGAAAUGUAAAUAGUUAGGAUUGAGAUGAUCGCUUCAUGUAAAAUACAGAGACUUACAAAUAUUUUCAAUCUAUUUGGAUGGUUGGAAAAAUUCAACUCAGAGGAUUCUUUGGUUUAUUUUGAAGUAAGAAGAAUUAAGGAAAAAUUAUCUGUUAGUUAGCCUACAAUGUAGCAUACAUGGAUAGAUUUAAGUUUUUUUGUGUUUGCCAUAUGAAUAUGAUUGUAUAUGUACGUAUUUAUUCAUUAGUUAUUUUAAGAACAAUUUUAACAUACCAACAUUAAAAUACUACAUUUCAAGUCGGUGGGAAAAAAUA